GCAAAGACAACAAAGGGCUGCGGGUGGCGGGCGGAGGUGUCUGUGUGAUCGGUGCUACGCUUUGCCCAGGCGCCCAGCCUCUCUCCUGUCAAGCUCCAGAUGAAGUGUGAGCACUGCACGCGGAAGGAAUGUAGUAAAAAAACAAAAACAGAUGACCAAGAGAAUGUGUCAGUUGAUGCACCAAGUCCAGCCCGGGAGAAUGGAGAAAAGGGAGAGUUCCAUAGGUUAGCUGAUUCCAAGAUAUUUCUGAGUGAUUGCCUGGCGUGCGACAGCUGCUUGACUGCAGAGGAAGGAGCCCAGCUGUCUCAGCAGAGCACCAAGGAGUUCUUCCGCGUUCUGAACCUUAAUAAGAGAUGCGAUACCUCAAAGCACAGAGUGCUGGUAGUGUCUGUGUGUCCUCAGUCUUUGCCUUAUUUUGCUGCUAAAUUCAACCUCAGUGUCACUGAUGCAUCCAGAAGACUCUGUGGCUUCCUCAAAAGUCUUGGGGUGCACUACGUGUUCGACACCUCCAUAGCUGCGGACCUGAGCAUCCUGGAGAGCCAGAAAGAGUUUGUGCGUCGGUUCCAUCAGCACAACGAGGAACGGCGUGUGCUGCCCAUGCUGACCUCUGCCUGCCCAGGCUGGGUCCGAUACGCUGAGCGGGUGCUGGGACACCCUGUGACUCCCCACCUGUGUGCUGCCAGGUCCCCUCAGCAGGUCAUGGGCUCCUUGGUGAAGGACUACUUUGCCAAACAGCAGAACCUGGCCCCAGAGAAGAUCUUCCACGUAGUUGUGGCCCCUUGCUACGACAAGAAGCUGGAGGCUCUGCGAGAGGGGCUCUCUGCUGCUCCUGGCGCCCAGGGUGCUGACUGUGUGCUAACGUCAGGUGAAGUUGCUCAGAUAAUGGAGCAAAGUGACCUUUCUGUGAAAGAUGCUGCAGUGGAUACCCUGUUCGGAGACACGAAGGAGGCCACAGUGAGGCGCCACGAGGGAGCCGGCUCCGACGGGCACCUGGCCCACGUCUUCAGACACGCGGCUAAGGAGCUGUUCAACGAGCACGUGGAGGAGAUCACCUACCGCGCCCUGAGAAACAAAGACUUCCAAGAGGUCACCCUGGAAAAGGACGGGGAGGUUCUGUUACGCUUCGCUGCUGCUUACGGCUUUAGGAAUAUCCAGAACAUGAUCCUAAAGCUCAAGAAGGGCAAGUUCCCGUACCACUUCGUGGAGGUCCUCGCAUGUCCCAGAGGGUGCUUGAGUGGCAGAGGCCAAGCGCAGACCGAGGACGGGCACUCAGACAAGACCCUGCUGCGGCAGAUGGAGAGCAUCUACGCUGACAUCCCUGUGCAGCCCCCAGAGACCAGUGCACACCUGCAGGAGCUGUACCAAGCGUGGCUGGGCUCCCCUGGUGCUCAGGAAGUGCUGCACGCCACACACCCGAGCCCAGUGCGCUGCUUGGGCAGCCUGGACAUUAGGUGGUGAAAGAAGCUGGGGCAGCCCCUCCACAGGAGGGCUGCUCUGCGCUGGAGGGUGGGUCUCCAAGAAACAGCUUGCUGAGCCUGGCUGGCUGCCCGACACAGCGUGGGGGGAGGCCGUGUCCUUUUAUCCUAAGGUUGUAUGAAAAAUCCAAAGAGCGAGAACCAA